AUGAGCAUCGUCCAACCUCGCCGCUCCAGUAGACGUAGAACCGCGACUACUAAAGCCAACUACUCACCAAACGAUGCUCACUUCACCGAGGACGAAGAGCAGGGACCAAACGACGGCGACGGCGAUGGCGCUACCCAGCAGUGGAGCGCGAAGCGCCAGAAAACAAAGUGCUCGUCUACAAAGAAGACAUUUUCCAAGAAGCUAGUUGGGUCUCGCAAGAGAGGAAGACUCAGUGAGUUGCCGGAAAUGCCAUUGGACAUCUUAUUCGAGAUAUUACAAUACCUUGACCCACUGGAUCUACUUCGUAUGGCGCGGACUACGAAGGACCUGCGAUCUGUUCUUAUGAAUAGGUCGGCUCUUUCGGUCUGGAAAAGCGCGCGAGCGAACAUUCCGUUUUUGCUUGACUGCCUAGAGGGCGUGUCCGAGCCUGCUUUUGCUAAUUUUAUGUUCACAACCAACUGCCAUGUUUGUCUUAGCCCCCGAGCUGCUUAUAGCUUUGCUGCACGAUGCGUCAGAUACUGCAGAAUUUGUAUUGAUCACAAAGUUAUCUGGAAGCCUUACUCUAAUCUUGACCUACUCGGUGCACUGCCUGGGGGCAGGGCGGCGUCUUUUAAACUCAUGUAUACGUACGAGGUGAACAGACCCAAUGCUCCACUCGCAGGGGUUUGGCUUCAGCAAGACUAUGAUGAUCUACUCAAGGAAUAUCAAGAGUUCCCAGACAGCGCUACGAAAGCCGAAGAUUUUCUUGAACUUAAGAAAUCGACUGCUAGUGACAUUGGGGAACGCGAAUACGAGUACCGUGACUGGAUGGAGCAACAAGAGGCCCUACGCGCCAUGCAUCGCUAUGCAGCCCGCGAUAAAAGGCGCGACGCCAUUCUAGACAAGCUUACCACAGCAGGAUUUGCCGAGGACAUUCGUGGCAUGGCUACUUGGGAGAUCCAACAAUUCCGUAACCAUCAUAUGGUUAAGCAGCCCAGAUUGCUGAGCGAUCGGAUUUGGAAGAACAUAGAACCGGCGAUGGUUGCACUUAUGUUGAUGUUCCGCGACCAACGCAAACAGAGGGAACGCGCCAAAAUAAUUGCUCAACGUCGAGAGCUCUUUGCCAGGAUGGUCAAUUUGUAUGAGAGGGAGUGCCCAUUAGGGGAGGUAGUACCAUCCGCAGCCGACCUCUAUUUCCUCGACAGUGCCACCACCGUGCGCCAGAUCAUCGAAGAGUCUCCCGAUGAGGAAGAAAUCACACUCGAGCAUUUCGCAGAAUACAAGAACCAGCUCCCACAGCUAUGCAGUGAAUGGAAGACCUCCAUGAUUCCUCAGUUGCUAUCCGUAAUUCAACGUGCCACCGGCGAGGAAGUGGAUGAAAGCGUCCUGCAUCUAGCCAAGACGAUCUUCGCUUGUAGGCUUUGCGAUGAGAGUAUCUUCUACCCAGAGGUUCUGGCACAUGCAUGCCUUCAAGAACCCCCGCUCUUCGGCCCUGUGGACGUCCCCCGCCGCUCUGCGCUACUCGAUCUGGAGACUGCACCGUGGAAUGAAAAUCAUGCAUUGACCUACAUACCACGCCGUGUAGACUCCGCUUCCGAAGUCAUCAGAGGGUGUGGACUCAAAUCAGACACGGCCAAGACUGAGGACCUUGAUGCGAAAGAGUUUUGUGCGAUGUCUUCGACUGCAUACUCGGGGGGCGUUGAAGUUAUGGAUUGGAGAAGAGCCGUAUGUAUUGCCUUUAAUCGUCGGAAAUUGGAGCCGGAAAGUGAUAAUAUCUUCUUACUAGGUCAAGGUGUCUCAUAUCCACCCCGACGACCAGUGGUGUGA